AUGGAUCAUGACGGAAUUACUAGCCCUAUCGAGCUCCAGUGGAGUGCAUGUAUUGAAGACGCGCAAGCGAUGGUGAACGAUGGUCACUGUUUCGCUCUCCCUCUACAGAGCUGCGCCAGCUCGGGCAUAAGCAAGCACUUCCUGCAUGUAAAAUCUUCCGGAAGCACGAUCGACGCGUCCUCAUUCACAGCGGGAGGUCGUCAUGAUAACGACUUUGUGACUUCCGAAAUGUUGCCGUUUUUCCGACCUCAGAUGAAUUUAGCUGUACUGACAAGCCAUUCUUUCGUCGCGCCGAGGAUAUCGCGGAACUUCCGGGAGACCAACGGGUAG